CCGGGGAGCAGCGAAGGACGAGGCGGCGCAGCAGCGCGGCUCCCGGCCCCCGCCCCCUCGGUGGCGGUUCGCUCUUCCCUUCUCCGGCUCCGAACCAGACACAGCCGCCGCCGCCCGGCGCGCUGCCGGCUCCCGGGAACAGCUCCGCGGCCACCGACCGCUUCCUGCCCCCAGCGCCGGCCCUGGAGGGGCGCAACGCGGCCACCGACCCGGAGGUGCUCAAGGAAGCGAGAGGGGUCCCCGCGCGCUCCAGGGCUCCGGCGCAGCGCACGGUGAGCUCCCCCCGGGGCUCAGGGAUCCCUUAGCCGCGGGUCCCGGCGCGCCACCCCCUGGGUGCCCGAUGGGGCCGCCCGGGGGGCCCAGGGCUGAAGUUGGGACAGCGCGCAGCCCACCCCUGCUGCCGAGCCCGACAUGCUGCCACCGGGGCGCAACGGCACCGCGUACCGGGCGCGGUUCGGGCAGCAGCAGCGGGCGCAGGGGGGCACCGUGGGGGGCUCGGAGGGGGCGGCGCCGCUGGGGCCCGCGCAGGUGGUCACCGCCGGCCUCCUGACCCUGCUCAUCGUCUGGACCCUUCUGGGCAACGUGCUGGUGUGCGCGGCCAUCGUGAGCAGCCGCCACCUACGCGCCAAGAUGACCAACGUCUUCAUCGUGUCUCUGGCCGUGUCCGACCUCUUCGUGGCGCUGCUGGUCAUGCCAUGGAAGGCGGUCGCCGAGGUGGCCGGUUACUGGCCUUUUGGGGCCUUCUGCGACGUCUGGGUGGCCUUUGACAUCAUGUGCUCCACCGCCUCCAUCCUGAACCUGUGCGUCAUCAGCGUGGAUCGCUACUGGGCCAUCUCCAGGCCCUUCCGCUACGAGCGUAAGAUGACCCAGCGCGUGGCCUUGGUCAUGGUCGGCCUGGCCUGGACGUUGUCCAUCCUCAUCUCCUUCAUCCCGGUCCAGCUCCACUGGCACAGAGACAAGGCAGGCUCCUGGGGCGGGAUGGACCCGCCAUCCAACCUGGCCAACGGGACGCCCUGGGAGGAAGCCGGGGAGCCAGAGGUGAGGGCAGAGAACUGUGACUCCAGCCUGAACAGAACUUACGCAAUCUCCUCCUCUCUCAUCAGCUUCUACAUCCCCGUGGCCAUCAUGAUCGUAACCUACACGCGCAUCUUCCGCAUCGCACAGGCGCAGAUCCGCAGGAUUUCCUCCUUGGAGAGAGCGGUGGAGCACGCGCAGAGUUGCCGGAGCCGCGCAGCCUGUGCGCCCGACACCAGCCUGCGGACAUCCAUCAAGAAGGAGACCAAGGUCCUCCAGACCCUGUCGGUGAUCAUGGGGGUCUUCGUGUGCUGCUGGCUGCCCUUCUUCAUCCUUAACUGCAUGGUCCCGUUCUGCAGCGGACACCCCGAGGGCCCGAGGGCCGCCUUCCCCUGCGUCAGCGAGACCACCUUCGAUGUCUUUGUCUGGUUCGGUUGGGCCAACUCCUCGCUCAACCCCAUCAUCUACGCCUUCAACGCCGACUUCCGGAAGGUGUUUGCCCAGCUGCUGGGGUGCAGCCACCUCUGCUCACGCACCCCGGUGGAGACAGUGAACAUCAGCAAUGAGCUCAUGUCCUACAACCAAGACACCGUCUUCCACAAGGAGAUCGCAGCCGCCUACGUCCAUAUGAUCCCCAACGCUGUGGCCCCGGGGCACGAGGAGGUGGACAAGGAGGAGGAGGAGGGCCCUUUCGAUCGUAUGUCCCAGAUCUCUCAGACGUCCCCCAAUGGUGACCCUGCUGCAGAUUCAGUCUGGGAGCUGGACUGUGAGAGGGAGAUUUCAUUAGGCAAAAUAACUACUUUCACCCCAAAUGGAUUCCAUUAAGCUGCAUAAGAAACCAGCCCCUCAUGGAUGUAUAUAACUGCGCAGAUAUUAACGAGCAUGCAGAAUACACAUGCACACAUACACGCUCGCAGACACACACACACGGACACACACGUUUCCCGUGCUGCUCAUUUUAUCACGUUUUCUGUCUGUAUAGCAGCCCGUGUGCUUAGGAACCUCACUACUGAUUUGUUGUUGAAAGAAUUGGCUGAGGCGGUUGGAAGUAACUCAGUCACAUAUAUCCCAGCCUAGCAGAGAUGGACCAGUGAUCCUGUGAGAGAAGAGAAGGUGGUGUUUGGUGCUUAAAAAAAAAAAGUGGUACUUGGUUUUAAAAGAUGUACUCUCCCCUCCCCUUUUAAACAAACGGAUUGUUCAGUGAUUUCUGUUUGAGUUGAUUUUAAACAACAGGUUCACUGUGUGUAGUGCUGAUGGGGGGGCGUGGCUUUUCUGUCCCUUGCUUCCUGUGGCCCUGUGUUUAUGCAGUUUCUGCUCUCCGUGUGUCUCUACCACAGCGGAGGAAUUCUUCCUGAUUUGUUCUGGUGUCUAAUAAACACAAAUUAUGUGCGUU